CGGCCCCGUGCCCGGCAAGCCGGUCUACUCGACCCCUUCGCCGGUGGAGAACACCCCGCAGAACAACGAGUGCAAGAUGGUGGACCUGAGGGGGGCCAAGGUGGCCUCCUUCACCGUGGAGGGCUGCGAGCUCAUCUGCCUGCCCCAGGCUUUCGACCUCUUCCUCAAGCACUUGGUGGGGGGCUUGCACACGGUGUACACCAAACUGAAGCGCCUGGAGAUCACGCCCGUCGUGUGCAACGUGGAGCAGGUCCGCAUCCUGAGGGGGCUGGGGGCCAUCCAGCCCGGCGUCAACCGCUGCAAGCUCAUCUCCAGGAAGGAUUUCGAGACCCUCUACAACGACUGCACCAACGCCAGUUCGAGACCUGGAAGGCCUCCUAAGAGGACUCAGAGUGUCACCUCCCCAGAGAAUUCCCACAUCAUGCCACAUUCUGUCCCUGGCCUCAUGUCUCCUGGAAUCAUCCCGCCAACAGGCCUGACAGCAGCAGCUGCAGCAGCAGCAGCUGCCACCAAUGCCGCCAUAGCAGAAGCAAUGAAAGUGAAAAAAAUUAAAUUGGAAGCUAUGUCCAACUAUCAUGCAAAUAAUAACCAGCAUGGAGCAGACUCUGAAAAUGGAGAUCUGAAUUCAAGUGUUGGACUGGAACUUCCUUUUAUGAUGAUGCCCCACCCACUAAUUCCCGUGAGCCUACCUCCAGCCUCGGUCACGAUGGCCAUGAGCCAGAUGAAUCACCUGAGUACCAUUGCCAACAUGGCAGCAGCAGCACAAGUGCAGAGUCCUCCAUCCCGUGUGGAGACAUCUGUUAUUAAGGAACGUGUUCCAGACAGCCCUUCUCCUGCUCCAUCUCUUGAAGAGGGCCGAAGACCUGGCAGCCACCCAUCAUCUCAUCGAAGCAGCAGUGUGUCCAGCUCUCCUGCACGGACUGAGAGCUCUUCAGACAGAAUCCCUGUCCAUCAGAAUGGGCUAUCUAUGAACCAAAUGCUGAUGGGUUUGUCACCUAAUGUCCUUCCUGGCCCUAAAGAAGGUGAUCUGGCUGGUCAUGAUGUGGGACAUGAGACAAAAAGAAUACACAUUGAGAAAGAUGAGACCCCGCUCUCCACACCAACCGCAAGAGACAGCCUUGAAAAACUUUCUCUAACCGGGCAUGGGCAGCCACUACCUCCAGGUUUUCCAUCUCCUUUUCUAUUCCCUGAUGGAUUGUCCUCCAUAGAGACCCUUCUGACUAACAUCCAGGGUCUACUAAAGGUUGCUAUAGACAAUGCCAGAGCUCAAGAGAAGCAGGUCCAACUGGAAAAGACAGAGCUGAAAAUGGAGCUGUUCAGGGAACGAGAACUGAGAGAAACACUUGAAAAGCAGUUGGCUGUGGAGCAGAAGAACAGAGCAAUAAUUCAGAAAAGGUUAAAGAAGGAAAAGAAGGCAAAGAGGAAAUUGCAGGAAGCACUUGAAUUUGAGACUAAGCGACGGGAGCAAGCAGAGCAGACGCUGAAACAGGCAGCUUCAACAGAUAGUCUCAGGGUCCUAAAUGACUCUCUGACCCCAGAGAUAGAAGCUGACCGCAGCGGGGGCAGAACAGAUGCUGAAAGGACAAUACAAGGUUCACUAGAUGCCUAUGCCUAGCUCCCAACCCGGUUUCCCAAGACCCCCUCAUCCCACACAAAAAG